GCACCGCGAUCCACGAUUUACGACAACCACUCAACGCCAACCGACCCCCGUCAGCGCAUCUCCAUCCGUCAAGAUGCGUACUUACGACGACGCCUUCAGCGGCCAGAAGAUCUACCCUGGCAAGGGCAAGCUGUUCGUCCGUGGCGACAGCAAGAUCUUCCGCUUCCAGCGUGGAAAGUCCGAGUCCCUUUUCCUUCAGCGCAAGAACCCCCGCCGCAUCGCAUGGACUGUUCUCUUCCGUCGCCAGCACCGCAAGGGUAUCUCUGAGGAGGUCGCCAAGAAGCGCACCCGCCGUGUUGUCAAGAACCAGCGUGCCAUCGUUGGUGCUUCCCUCGAUGUGAUCAAGGAGCGCCGGUCCCAGCGCCCCGAGGCCCGUGAGGCUGCUCGCAAGCAGGCCAUCAAGGAUGCCAAGGAGAAGAAGGCUGCUUCCGCCAGCGCCAAGAAGGCUGAGAAGGCCAAGAUCGCCGCCUCCAAGGGCGGUGCCCAGCGCAUCCAGAGCAAGCAGGGUGCUAAGGGCUCUGCUCCCAAGGUCGCCGCCAAGUCCCGCUAAAUUUCUUCAUGAAUUAGUUGGGAAUGGAGGUGUUCGGAACGGAGCAGCGCUGUAACGGUUGCGAUAUGAUGGAACUUACGGGCAUCGGAGCUGGAGUACUGUCUGUGAGGACUGGCCUUGGGCCUUGACCUUGUUUCUGGAAAUACUUUAUGCAAUACAAUU